AUGUUGCUUCAAAUAAAUAUUAGAUGGAAUAAUACUGUUGGCCUUCUUGAAAAUCGUGCAGGACGAAGAGAAACAUGGGCAGUCUAUAAUACUGAAGGUUUCAGACUGAUUGAAUUAUUAACUUUUGUUGAAGAUAUCGGUGCAACAUCUAUGCUAGCCGUUUACGCUAGAUAUUCAUUAAAUGGAAAAGUGGUACCUCAAGAUGAACGUCAACCUUAUAUUGACGAAGUUAUCAAAGAAUUGAACUUUUUGACUGUCCCUGCCAGUAACAAUAGUAUGGGAGCUCUACAUGAACGUUUAGGUCGUAGUCAACCAUUUGAUAUUAAAUAUGUGGAAAUUGCUUUUUACAAUGCUCUUUCUCAACAAUAUCCUGAUAUUACUUUUAUUGCUACGACAACCAAAUCUAUUAACUCUCCACCAGCUGUUGAUGAUCAUGAUUAUCAAGUUCCAUUGUUUUUUAUAGAAAAUUUUCGUCUUUAUGAAAAUAUUCCUCGACCAAGUCCAAAAGUAUUUGUAGGAGAAUUUUCAGUCAUCAACGAUGAUGAUUUACAAAUUAGUAAUCCAUUUGGAGCAUGUCCAUUCAAUUAUCCAUCUAUAAAAUCUGCUGUCGCCGAAUCCAUCUAUCGAAUCGGAUUGGAAUGGAAUGUAAUUCAGAUAUCAUUAUUGGUGCUUGUUAUGCUCCAGUUCUUCAAAAUAUUUUCAAUACACAGUGGACACCAAAUCUGA